AUUUAAUUUACUGUGAUGUGAUUUGCGGUCAUCUCUUUAUGUUCUGUUUCACUUCACAGUGCAGCUUGAGAAAAGUCUGGAUGAUAGCCAGAGACUUUAUUCUAUAGAUGCCGGGUUUCUUUUGCCUAGUGCUGUCAGCAUCAGAGCUCUUGGGUUACUGAAGCAAAGGGGCUCAGAGUGGAGCUCUGCUGUGAGGGUCAGGUACGGUGUACAAGAGGAUUCACAGAACAUGCAGGACUGUCACAUGACGCAGAAGCUCCACAGCGAGUCUGACCCAGUCCAGACGUACCGUAUAACAGCAGCACAUGAACUCCACUGUUCCCAUUUCAUCAACCUAAACCACAAGAUUCACCUUAAACAUGAACGGAGCCCAAUCCACAUCCAGUCAUCUCUUGAUGUGAGCUAUGGAAAGCAGUGGAACCAGAGCAGCAACAAACACAGGAUCCUCUUCAAUCAGUCCCUUAGAAACCAGUCUGAACCCGGGCUCACCAGUUAUGCUGUGGAGCUCAGCCUGCGACUUCUAGACAGAGGACUGAAUUACAGAACUCAGCUUCUGCACUCUUAUUUCAAGAAGCACAAAUCUGAGAGCAGCACUCACCUGAAAAUCAACUACAACAAUCAGAUGCCUCUAGUAGCUGGCCUCCACUGGAAGGACGUGCCAACAAAGAGCUCCCUUCAAAAGUGGGAAGGGUCAUUUAACAUGGAUACCCCCUGGCUCUAUGUGUACAUAGCUCAAAAACUAACUCAGCCCCAGCGUGGCAUCAUGCAGUUCAGCUCUGAGGUCACCACACGGAAACUGGUGAACAUGAGAAGUGUUACUCUGGAGGGUUUCUACAAGGAUAGGGGCAAAGAACGACUAGGCCGGCUGCAUCUUUUCACACCCACUGCCAGUUAUAUUAAGGUUGGUGGAUGGAACAUGCUGGGCAAGCGUGGAGUUAAAGCUUCAUGCUUCAUCAGCACAGCCUGGACACCAGCUUUGCAUGGGCAGAUAUCUGUAGUCAACGGAAAGCAAGUGAAGACUCUGGAAAUAAGUGCAGGCUAUGGCAAGCAGGACCUCAAUAUUUCUGCGGUUCUCAGUACUCUGGAUAAGAAGCUAAAGAAGAGGCUUUUGAUGAUGACAAUGACUCUGUCAGAUCUAAAAAACCCUUAUGCAGAGCUACAGAUGGAGGGUGCCAUAGAAGAGAUACGGAAGGAAAAGAAAAUUUAUCAGAAAAGAUGGAAGCUAAACUUCAGACAACCAUUCAAGUUUUUCCCUCAGAGUCUCAUCCUCCAGGAGACAUUCACAAGUCAUCUACAUCAGAAGGUUUAUACUUUAGAGUCAAAGGUUCUUGUCAAUGGAAAUAAAAAGGUCAUUCAUGUCCUUACUCUGGGUUUCCAGCCACAGCAGCCAUAUGUGUGCUCCUCAAUAGUCCAGUCUUUCAGCACUGAGAGAAUUCCCCAAGACUCAAAGAUCUGUGUUACUGUCCAAAACCAGCAGACUGCUUAUGAAAUUCAGGGCAGGCUGUGGACUGGAAAUGAUGAAAAACUUGCAGCCUUUGGUCAAGUUAAAAUUCAUGACUUGACUACAUCUCAGCAAGGUAUUACAGUGAAAGCCAAUCUGUCCCAGCUGUUUCAGCUGGAUUUCCCGACCUCUGUCAGCCUACAUCUCGAGGUGCUCAGGAGUCACAGGAACGACAGCGAGUUUGAAUAUCAUUCAGAGGGGGAAGUUGCCAUUGAUGACAAGAAUUACCAUGCUAAUGCAGCAAUAACCGUAUCCCCUUUUGGAAACAUUAGCAGUUCUAUCAGCCUGAAGGCAAAUGAAAAAAAUGCAACACUUCACUUCACUCUAGACAAAAAGGUGGCAAAGGGCAUUAAUACUGUGUGCAUCCGUGCUGGCUUUCAUCAGACCUUAUUCCCAGGGGUCACUUCUGACGUUCAUAUUCAUUUAGCUGCUAAUUCUUCUUCAGAAAGUGUUUUCUUGCAGUGUACAGUUCAAAAGAAAGAGGAGACGUUUAAUGCUCACUUGAGUGGAAGUCUACCAGAUGAUCAAGAGUGGCGACUAUCUCUCUCAGCAGAUAUUUUCAAUUCCAUACAAGAUCUCGCUGCUUUACCUAAUUCAGCUAGUUUAGUUGGAGUACUAACCCAGUCAAAGGGUCUAACUGAAGGAGAGAUUACUGUAGUAGUGGAUGAUGCUGUGUAUGGGCUGGAAGUGACUCGUCAGCAUGACAGCAAGUCUGGAGAAGAUCUUAGUGCCUUGCUAUGUCUAGUUGCUAUGGAAGAGACACUGUGUGUAAACAUCAACAGUAAGUUAACACAUUGUGGGUGCAGACGUCUUCAUACCCAACUGUCUCACUCUUUCCCUUGGCUUCGUUCUGCAGGGCUUCCGCUGAACAGCAGCGCAGGUGUGUAUGUGAACUGGAAUGGCAGCAGUGUGUGUGCCCAACUGAUGCUGCAUGCAGAGGCCAGCAGCCUGACAGCCACACUGGAUCAGAGUUCUCAACACAGCUCACAAACUACUGGAUGCUCUCAGGUGAACUGCACAGAGGGGAUCGCCACGGGCCACCUGCUGGGCGUCUGCUCUGGGCAAGGCCAGGAAGAUUCAGUGAAGGUUGGAAUCAGAGCCAGUCUUUAUAACUCCCAGAUGUCAGCUUUCUCAUUUGAUCUUCAAGGUCACCAGAAUAUCUCCAGCAUUGGACUAAUGGUGAACAUUUCCCACAAUAUAUCUGCUUUGCAUUCAUACCUGCCAUUUGAGUUUCACUCAAAAUCACAGUUGAGCCACACACGCUCUUCAGUUAAAGGUACUGCAGAACUUCUGGUCGGUGUGAGCGGUUUGGCUUUUGAAGCAGAGAUCUCGAGUACAAACUCUGGCUUUAAACAUGUGCUGAUGUUCAAUCACUCAAUACCUCAGCUACACUUGUUACCCAGGAAUCUGGCAUUGAGGACACGCUACGGUGGAAAGAGAGGGUCACACACUCUCAUGCAUCGAGCGCAGUGGGAGAAUCAGGAUUUAACACAGAUCGACUCCUCAGAGGGUGUCACACAGUUACAUAGUUAUCCAGAACUGCCAGGAAAGAAUCAGGGUUGGGGUUUGGAUCUUAGGAUAGAGAAUGACAGUCAGAGGAAACUAGCUGAUCUGAGUGUCGACUGGAUUCUGUUUGGACACCAUGAUCAGGUCCGAGUUGAAGGCUCUUGGACUUUGGUGAGCAGAAAAACUGAUUCAUUAGAACAGAAACAACCCUUUAUCUCAACACUGACUCACUUUCACAUACAUGCCCUGUCUCACGGAUCCGGCCACAGGCACGACAACAACAACCAGGCCCGUCUUUCUUGGGAGCACGGAAAGCCUGUAAAUGUUUCUGUAACAGUGAGCGAGCACUGGCAUAAUGACUUAAGCAGAGGACAAGCCUGUAUCUUUCUCUCACCAGGACAGAUACAGUCGUUGCUCCCCCUAGUGGAGAUGGAGGGAUGUGUUGCUGUAGCUCAGGAGGGGAAGGCCUACUCCCAAAACACCGAGCUCAAAUGGAAGGAAAAGAGGAUAACUCAAAGCAUGAAAUACCAGGGAGGAGUAAAAGGAAUGCACACACUCCUCGUGGAGGUGGGGGCCCAAAACGUCUCACCCUCUCCAUGUCCAUCUCACUCUCUUCUGACCCAGAUACACACCAACCUGAGGGACCGUCUUGAACACCAUGUUCAGAUUGGCCUCUGUCCUCCACAGCCUGGUUUAAUUUGGUCUGGAUCUCACAGAGUGAACUCAGGCAAGGAGCUGUUGUACACUCACACCCGUGUGUCUGUGUCCGGACACCCUCAGCACAACACCUUCACACUGACGCUCAGAAACAUCAGCAGCAGUCAGCGCUCCAACUACUCACUGAUCACAGAGUGGCUGGUAGGAAACUGGAGUGUGGAAUUGGCCUGCAGCUCUCUGUCUUCAGGCAGGAACAUGGCAGUCCAGAUUCAUGCAAAACUAGACCGCAGUGAGAUGCUCUGGCUGCAGGGGAUGCUGGGAAAACGCUGCCUUCGAGCUGCUGCUGGAUACGACACUGAAAUGUCUGAUGAAAUCAGAGUGGUGUUUUGUUCGGAAGGACAUCACAAGUUUACCCUGGAGGCUCAGCGAGGCGGUCGAGGCAUUGAAAAUGAGACCCUUACCCUUAUUUCUGUAGGAGCAGCCAACCAGAGUCUGCUAUUUCAAGCUAAGGGAUGUAGGGAAUGCCUGUGGGCUGCGGAGGCACGGCUCCAGCAGCUGGGGUCCCGGAUUAGGAGUAAACUUUUGGACAGAGUUCAGAGACUUCAGCAUCUACUGUUAACAUUCAGACGACAGGCGGGGGACAGCAUGUUCCUGCUGGAGCUGAGUGAGGGGCCGCUGUCUCUGACCCAGCAAGCCGAGACUCUGCUGCUUCAGAGAGCAGGAGCGCUGUGGAAAGCAUGGACCACCGGCCUGCUCCGACACACGCUCACACACAGCCUACCGCACACGCUCCAUGUCCUGCAUCUCAUAUCUCAACAGGUCCAACAAGAGCUCAGGAAACCCCUGGCUACUCUAGCUGGAGCGUACCACGAUGUGACAGGGGUGCGUUUGGACAUGGCGUGGCAGCAAGGAAUGCAGCUGUGGACCAGAGAACUAACAGAGCGUUUGCCUGCAAUACUUCACGAUCCUCAACUGAGGGCGCCGUCGCUGACUGCAUUGCAUGUUGCCAUUUUUGCAAUGGACAUGGUGGGCCAGCAGACCUUUCAUUGGAUGGAAGCCCGAUCGGCUGCCAUGCUAGUGGGUAUCAGAAGGCAGCUUGCAAUAAUGUAUAAGUUCUCCAAAAGUGAGGGUGAGGUAAUCUUUAGGGUGCCACUUCCUGUGGGCCCCUGGCUGAAGGUGGAGGAGGCAGGUGUAACUGAAGUUCUUCUGGAGGAGUUUGUCAUGAAGCCUCUACUGGCCUUGAAUUCUGUGAGCCCUACAGCAGAACUCUACCGGCUGAAGAGGAAGAUGAUGGACAGUCCAGUUAACUAUCAGGCAUUUCUAGUGGAAGACAUCUAUUUGGUGUCAUUCGACGGACAUCUGUUCAAACUCCCAGCUUCCUGUGACUUCAUCCUAGCAGCUGAUGUCAUCCAGCAAACCUUCAGCAUUCUGCUCAAAUCUGACAGGUUCAAACGUCGCUCGCUUGUAGUGCAAAUGCAAAACACAAAGAUUGCAAUUCACCCAAAUGGAGAGGUGGAGGUUAAUUGCCACAUUGCACACAUUCCAUACACUAACCAUGAAGUGGCUAUCAGAAGGGAUGUGAAUUUAAUUGAGGUGUCCAAUGAGAGAGGACUUUGGGUAUCAUGUGACCCUCAUCUAGAAGUUUGUAGUGUGAGCCUAGAUGGAUGGCUUCAUGGUGUGUCCACUGGUCUUUUAGGAACCAAUGAUAAUGAGGCAGCUAACGAGCUUCUUCUGCCAGAUGGCUCUCACACACAAAGUGUGCUUCAGUUUACUCACAGCUGGCAGGUGGAUUCGGAAUGUGUCAUCAGGAAAGCUGAAGUCUGUCAGAAUGGCACUGCUGACUCCCUGCCGUGUACAUUUCUGUUCUCUUCUACAAAUUCUCCUCUGAGCCCCUGUUUCAGAGUGGUGGACCCCGCACAGUUCAUGAUGAAGUGUGAAGGACUGGAGUGUGUAUGUGAUGAGCGUGCAGAGGUUUCAAGACCAUCCUUUUGCACAUUGGCCUCUGCCUAUAUCCAUCAAUGCCAUAGAAACUACGUUCCACUGGAGCCGCCAGUGCAGUGCGUGUAAGGGUGGUGUCCGGUUUACUCCAGUGGAGACAUGAAGCAUCAGCUGACCUGAAAAUUCACAGAGACCUGUACAAAAUCAUUACUUUAAGUAUCUUUAUUAAUUAUUAUUAUGCACUAUGACAAACUGAUUUUAAAAAAUAUAUAUAUAUAUAUUUGCUGCCUGUUUUGCAAUAUGCAGUA